GGGGGGGGCGCGGGCGGCGGGCCAAGCCCCCGAAGCCGAGCCUUCCUCCGCGCGAGCCCGGCGAACCUCGCCGCGGAUGCCCUGCCCGGAGUGCUUCGUGCCGCGCCAGGCUUGCCGGGGUCCGCGGCGAGACAUGCCCGAGCCAGGCGCUGCACCGACCUCGACUUAUCUGUAAGCCGCCGAAGGAACCAUGGUCAGUAAGGAACCCAGCAAAUGUGUACUCACGACCUCCGCGAGUGAAGUGGAGCCUGCCGCCUGUCUGGCCCUGGAGAUGAAAUAUGCCCUGGAUCCCAACCGGCAGAUUAAGAAGCGAAAUAAAGCCCUGCAGGUGCGCUUUAAGGACAUCUGCGAGGCGCAAAACGAGCAGAGGGACACUCAGCUCGCCUCGGGCCUACAGGGUGACAAGCGGGAGGCCAGGCCCGCAUCCUGCCGGGCUGCCUACCGCAAGUACAUGACCGUGCCGGCCCGGCGGUCCAUCCCCAACGUCACCAAGAGCACGGGUGUACAGACCUCACCCGACCUCAAGAAGUGUUACCAGACUUUCCCUCUGGACCGCAAAAAGGGGACUCUCAAAAGCAUCCCAGGCACCGAGGCCUUUAAAAGUCAGAACAACGGGUUGGUAAUUGACGCGAAAGAGAAGAGCCAGGAAGGGCCAGGCGAGGAGGCCCAGCCGUGGGGCGCGGGCCGGGUGCAGAAGACCACCGCCUUGGUUUUCCACUCUGAAGAACAUGUGAAUGCGCUGGGGCCGCCCACCGGGGUCAACUGCACUGAGCCGUGUAAAACCCCCGACCGGCACAGCUACCGCGAUGCUCCGGUGCAGAACUCCACUCGGUCGUCCUCCCAGGAGCUGGAGUAUCAGCUGCCCGGGAAAGCCAGUCAGGGCAGGGCGACCCCGGACACCGAGGAGCCGGCUCCAUCGGCCCACCGGAGGGUGUUUAAGACCGAAGUGGCCACCGUGUACGCACCCGCCCCAGGCGCCAGGGCCCCCGCGCCGGCCUUGUCGAACUCUGCCCCCUCCAGCGAGUGGUCCCUCUGCCCCGCGGCCGACCUGGAGCGGAGAACAGCCGCGCAGGCCAGCGGGCUCCAGGCCCGGCCAGGCGCCGCCCUGGCCUGCUCGCCCCCGACGCAGUGCCUGUCCCCGGAAUGUAGCGAAGACGCCGCCUCCCUGCAGACUCAGGCCCCCUCGGGGCAGGAGCGCCAGCCUUGUCCCCCGGCGCUCGCUGCAGAUGAAGAAUGCCAACAAAUCGUGCCUCACACGGAAGUGGUCGACCUGAAAGCACAGCUUCAGAUGAUGGAGAACUUGAUCAGUUCAAGCCAGGAAACCAUCAAAGUGCUCUUGGGGGUCAUUCAGGAGCUGGAGAAAGGAGAAGCCCACCGGGAAGGGCUUUCAUAUCGGACUGGGCAAGACACAGCUAACUGUGACACAUGCAGGAACAGUGCAUGUAUUAUCUAUAGUGUGGAGCUAGAUUUCAAGCAGCAGGAAGACAAACUCCAGCCAGUUCUGCGGAAACUUCAUCCGUUCGAGGAAACUCAGGUCGCACCUUCGCCUUACACUCAGGAGACGUACUCCUCAACUCCCAAGCAAAAAUCCAAAACUGAAUCUAAAAAGCACGGACGGUGGAAACUCUGGUUCCUUUAACCCUGACGGUGUUUGGAGUCUGAAGGCCGUCUUGAAAACCCACUGGAGUUCAAAGUAAACCCUUUUCCAAAACGAACAGGAUGGAGUGAAGGGUGGCUGGGCUGGGCAUCACCCAGUUCUCCCCCUGCUUACCAAAAAGGCCUUUGUGACAGAUCAGCUCACAGAGGCAAGGGAGUGCAGGUCAUACCUUGCCAGCUGUCUCUGCAGUUCGGGGGUGUGGGAUGUAAAAUCGGAAACGAAACCUAUCACAGUCAAAGGUGAAACCUAAAAAUUCUAUGCCCCCACCCCCAGAUCGGCAAGGAUUAGGUUAUCAACCUGCAGAACGGCAGGCUGUCACUCUGUAACACAGCGAAAACUCAUAAUUAUUUUCAAGCCUUUAUUUUUUUUAAAUACUGAGAAGAAAAAAGUAGCCCUUACGUUUGCGAAGGACUUCAUUUUUACGUUUAAUUUUGCAAAUAAGCGGGGGGCGGGGGGAGGGGGGUGUGCGAGUGCAAUUUCCAGCACAUCAAAUUCCAGAGAAAGCACAAUUUUUUUCAAGUGGUCGGAGACCAUGAAUAAUCUCUGAAAUGUGACUCUAUGUAUAUUUGCCUUCACGUGCUGUAGCGCUAAGCCAAGUGGCAUCUCAGUGUCACACUGACACCUCAAAUUCGGCGUCUCCUUCAUCUCCAGACCGGCGACAUGCUUUCUGCUCCUGCUCCAAAUGGCCAGCAGCAGCCAGGAGUCCCCCAGAGUCAGGACAUGCUUUUAAUCACUGCAAGUUGACAGGGUCAGCGCUAUCGGACACUAAGCUUUCAUAGAUCUCAUUUUUUAAUCUUUUGGUACCCAAAGGCCAAAUGAUAAAUCCUGGCAAGAAUCUGAAAACACACAUAGAGAUACACAAUGGAUUAUACAGUCACCGAUAAAUCACAGGCAUUCUCUGCCACCAGAAAGUGUUUCUGUGGAUCAAUCUUUGAGACACUGUUCAUCACGAAAGCCUAGCCAGAUGUUUGAUACCAUUCGUUAUGCUUUGUAACAGCUGGGGAAGAUCUGACCACCUCGAAGCGAAACCCUGUGCUUAGUUUAGCUGCUACUGACAAACCACCUUAAUGUCACCCACAUUUAACCUGUUAGUGAGCUGUACUAAAUGAUAAUACCUAGAGGAAAGCUGUGAAUCAAAUGUUUUUAGGUCUUUUUUAAAUAAAUCGUGACACUUCGAGUUCUCUUUUGAUUACACAUUGCAAUAUAAAUCUCAGUUCCUUUAUUUUUUCACUCGUUCCUUUGGCCCUUUGCAGGUACCUUUUUAUAGAAUUCAAAAGCCCCUACUCUAUUAAUGACUCUAUCAAACUUUGGCUUUUCACAAUAGCAAGUAGGCAUCUUCCUUUGCCUUUUUUUUUGGGGGGGGGGGCAGGGAGUAACAAUGUCAAUUUUGAGUUGUCUGUGAACGUACAAGGAAACCAAGUCUCCUAGUCUCUGUCCAACCGUUUCCGAUCUAAUCUCAUGCUCACACGCACACCUUAUUGAUCAGAUGCCAACAGAGCGGUCAACCUUGGUGAAAGGAUCCACCUGCAUUUCUCAGAUUGGAGCUAUGUCUUGCCAUGCAUUUUCCUUCUGACUCAAUAGCAAAUCUAUUUUUUUGUUCUCAGUGUUCUGAUUCUACAAGGACCUUAGUGGGCUUAAAAAAAAAAAAAAGAAUGACAGGAGUAUCUCAUGUAAGCAUUCUUUGGGGGUUACUCCAGCUAUCUCGCAGAGGUACGCUUUAAUUAAAAGAAAAAAAAAUGCAUCUUUUGUGGAAUCGAUAUAUGAGGAUAAGAAUCCUUGAAUAUCACUUAACAGAAUUGAGAAAUAUUUUUGUGGAAGGAGAAGACUGAGUUAAGUUGAUCAAAUACCAUGAAGGAAGUGCAAUUGUUUCGUGUAGAGAUAAAAUUUGAAAAAAAAUGUGUUUCAUGUAUUUUAUACUGUUUUUAACUAAAGUUAUAAAAACAUGUUUGCAACAAGUUAUCUCUCCUUGUGUCUUCAGAAUCCCGACUGUCUCAGUGAAUUGAAAUAAGGAUGUUAGCAGCUUUCUGCUUAGUACCAUAAUUCUGUCUAAACAAAGAGGACAUCCUCAUAAACAAAGUAAUAUCACUGUAUGAAAGCAGUCUAGACCAAAAAAAAAAAAAAAAAAAGAAAAAAAACAUUUUCAGAAUCUAAAAGGGAACUGAAGAUAAAUGAAUUCCUAUCUAAAAAUGAAACUAUCUUCAGAAUAGGAAAAAAAAUAUUUUCAAUCUCAUUUCAUGACUGCAGCGUGUCACUCACAGGUGAUGACUCUUCUCUUAGAAAGAUUUACGUAAAAUCUUUGAUACAAAACCAAGGUAAAAAGUACCGUGUUCCCGCAUAUGUAGAUGUACACAUGGCAUUACGUAUAGAGAUUAAAUUAUUAUACUUGUCACUAAGUUCUUUAUUAAUUUUUAAAUAAAAAAAAAAUCAAAGGUCAUGUUUUGUGCGGCUAUUAAACUUAUUUCAUAGUCUCAAUAGUUUGGGAAAAGAGAAGCCAUCCAUCGAAGGAAAUAACAAUGAAGGAAGGGUGUUCAGGCUGAAGAGAACUUCACAG